AGCGCUGAGCGCCGCUGCCACGUCGGACCGAGCGACCGACCGAGCGAGCGGGGCUGUGCUGCGGGAUGGCGGCCCGGUGAGCCGAGCGGAGGUGGCGGCGAUGGCGGCGGCGCUGCUGCGGUGUGCCCUGCUGUGCGCGGCGCUGGGCUGCGCGGGCGCGGCGCUGAUCCCGCCCGCAGACGUGAAGGUGGAGGUGCUGCACAAGCCCUUCAUCUGCCACAGGAAGACAAAGUGGGGGGACAUGAUGCUGGUUCACUACGAGGGCUACCUGGAGAGGGACGGCUCCAUGUUUCACUCCACUCACAAGCAUAACAAUGGUCAGCCUAUGUGGUUUACACUUGGCAUAAGGGAAGCUAUCAAAGGCUGGGACAGAGGUUUGAAGGACAUGUGUGUGGGAGAGAAGCGGAAGCUAACUAUUCCACCAGCCCUUGCUUAUGGAAAAGAAGGGAAAGGAAAAAUUCCACCUGAGAGCACACUGAUUUUCAACAUUGACCUUCUAGAAAUUAGAAAUGGGCCAAGGUCUCAUGAGUCUUUCCAAGAGAUGGAUCUUAAUGAUGACUGGAAACUGUCCAAGCAAGAGGUGAAAAUUUACUUGAAGAAAGAAUUUGAAAAGCAUGGAGCAGUGGUAAAUGACACCCAGCAUGAUGCUUUAGUUGAAGACAUCUUUGAUAAAGAAGAUGAAGACAGUGAUGGGUUUAUAUCCGCAAGGGAAUUUACAUACAAGCAUGAUGAGCUGUAGAAAAGGGUGGCAUUAUUUUUUUGGACACAAAUAGCAGUGACUUAGACUGUCUGGUUCUCCUGUCAUCUUAAUUCUGUGUUUUGGAGUUGAUGAUUGCUGUUGGCAAAGAAACACUUUGUUUAUAUAAAAGAGAAUUUCUGUUCAUUAUGUACAAAUGUUUUAAACAGUUUUAAACUAUUUUAAAGUAUGAAAAUGUACCUCCUUUUAUACAGCAAAGACUUGCACAUCAGUAUUUUUUAAAUUUUGUAUUAACUUAUUUUUCGGAACUGAAACAAACUUUCUAGUUAUCCAUCAUUGUGAAAAUCAAAAUCCAGUUCAAUGACUUUCUGUGAUUUGUUUGUGUGCCAAGAUCAGUUUCAGCAACUACUUUUUGUAUAACUUCUAGUCUGUGGCUUAAUUACUUGACCUUCCUUCUUGUGUGUCACUGCUUAAAAAGCAGUGCUGACCUUGGGGGUUUUUCCUGCAGAUUUUAAAAAGAUGUAUUGGAAGACAUCAGCAUCUCUUUUUAUACAGCUGAGAAAAUGGUACAAAGCUGAAUGAGAAGAAUGAUUAUCCUGUGCUGAUUUUGCCCUUCUAAAGGGAGAGUGUUAACCACCCAUAAUUGUAAUAUUGCAAUUGUAAAAUGCAAUAAUUGUCUGCAUUUUUUGUUGAAUUAUGUGAACAAGGCAGGAGUUAAAUGUCAGACUUUUACUUCUACUGCCAGCAACAAUCUAGGAAAUGUCUGUAAUUUGGAAAACAGCAAAUUUUGCCUCAGUGCAGAGGUGGUGUCCUUUAAAUGUACACACACUUUUGUUUUGAAACUCGGAGUUCGCAUUCAUUGAAAAAGAUCACACCUUUCUCUCCCAGUUUGAGGGAGAUCUUAUAGGAGGAAAAGUGUACUGACAGGAGGAUCACUAUGGCCUGAAGAACAGUUUCCAUGGGCUUACCUGCUUUGCAGCUGCAUGAGUUGCAGAACUUGUUUCAUUGCCCCUUUGCGGUAUUUUUCACAAGUAGCACACAAAUAAUGUGAAUUUUAAAUAAUAAAGUGAAUUUUUAGAAAAACAGAGGCAUGAAGUAAA